ACGGACGCAGGAGUGGCGGUUGGAAGUGACGUCAUUUUGUACACAUUUCAGCCAAGAUGGCUGACAGCAUCCCACUGAAUCCUAUGCGAAACAAUUUCAAGAAGCACCUUUAUUACAAUGCUGGCACACCUCUCAGGUAUCAGAUCGAAGACGAGGCAUCAAAUCUCGACGAGAUGCCACUGAUGAUGUCCGAGGAGGCUUUUGAGAGUGACGAAAGCGAUUACCACACGCUUCCCAGAGCCAGGCUCAGACAGAGGCACCACGGCUUGGGCUGGUUCCUCUGUGGAGGCUGGAAGGUGUUGUGUGGAAGAUGCUGCGAGUAUCUGGCUCAUGUGUGCCGGAGGAAGAAGGAGCUGAAGGCUCGAACCGUCUGGCUGGGCCAUCCUGAAAAAUGUGAGGAGAAGUACCCAAAAAACGCCAUCAAAAACCAGAAAUACAACAUCCUGACCUUCGUGCCGGGGGUUUUAUACCAGCAGUUCAAGUUUUUCCUCAACUUGUAUUUCUUGGUGGUGGCCUGCUCCCAGUUUGUGCCGUCCCUGAAAAUCGGUUAUCUCUACACCUACUGGGCGCCGCUGGCUUUUGUGUUGGCCGUCACCAUGGUGAGAGAGGCCGUGGACGAGGUCCGCCGCUACAGGAGGGACAAAGAGAUGAAUUCUCAGAUGUACAGCAAGCUCACAGUCCGAGGCAAAGUCCAAGUGAAGAGCUCAGACAUACAAGUUGGAGACCUCAUCAUCAUCGAGAAGAAUCAGAGAGUUCCAGCUGAUAUGCUCUUUCUAAGAACUACAGAAAAGUCUGGAGCAUGCUUUAUCAGGACAGACCAGCUCGAUGGAGAAACUGACUGGAAACUGAAGGUCGCUGUGGCCUGCACUCAGAGGCUACCUGCGCUGGGGGAUUUGUUCUCCAUCACUGCAUAUGUGUAUGCGCAGAAGCCUCAGCUGGACAUACACAGUUUUGAAGGAAAUUUUACUAGGGAGGACUGUGACCCUCCCAUCCAUGAGAGCCUGAGCAUUGAGAACACGCUUUGGGCAAGCACUGUGGUCGCAUCAGGUACUGUGAUAGGUGUUGUCGUUUACACUGGAAAGGAGAUGAGGAGUGUAUUGAACACAUCUCAGUCUAAGAACAAGGUGGGACUGUUGGACCUGGAGUUAAAUCGUCUGACUAAGGCCUUGUUCCUGGCCCAGGUGGUCCUGUCAAUCGUCAUGGUGGCUCUGCAGGGUUUCAUCGGGCCCUGGUUCCGUAACCUGUUCCGCUUCGUAGUGCUCUUCUCCUACAUCAUCCCCAUCAGUCUGAGGGUGAAUCUGGACAUGGGGAAGUCAGCAUAUGGCUGGAUAAUCAUGAAGGACGAGAAUAUCCCUGGCACUGUAGUGAGAACCAGCACCAUCCCCGAAGAGCUUGGCCGCAUCGUCUACCUUCUCACUGACAAAACAGGCACCCUCACCCAGAAUGAGAUGGUGUUUAAACGACUCCAUCUGGGCACCGUGUCAUACGGAAUAGACACCAUGGACGAGAUCCAGAGCCAUAUUAUACAGUCAUACGCUCAGGUGAGCUCAGCUGUGUCUAAUGGCAACAGUGCUAGCUCUACACCGUCCCAUAAGGCACCUCCAUCCGGGCCCAAGGUCCGCAAGAGCGUGAGCAGCCGCAUUAAUGAGGCUGUGAAGGCCAUCGCCCUGUGCCACAAUGUCACACCCGUCUAUGAAUCCCGUACUAACGGUGCCAGCGCUGAGCCUGAGGGUACAGAGGCUGACCAGGACUUCAGCGAUGCCAACCGAACAUAUCAGGCCUCUAGCCCAGAUGAGGUGGCCCUGGUGCGAUGGACAGAGAGUGUGGGUCUGACCCUGGUGAACAGAGACCUGAGCUCACUACAACUGAAGACUCCAGCAGGCCAGAUCCUGACCUUCUGCAUCCUGCAGGUCUUCCCCUUUACCUCAGAGAGCAAGCGUAUGGGCAUCAUCGUCCGGGAGGAGGCCACUGGAGAGAUCACGUUUUACAUGAAGGGAGCAGAUGUUGCCAUGGCCAGUAUUGUACAGUACAAUGACUGGCUUGAGGAAGAGUGCGGAAACAUGGCCAGAGAGGGACUUCGGACAUUGGUGGUUGCUAAGAAGUCUCUGUCCGAGGAGCAGUACCAGGACUUUGAGAGUCGUUAUAACCAGGCGAAGCUGAGCCUGCAUGACCGAGCUCUGAAGGUUGCCGCGGUGGUUGAAAGUUUGGAGAGGGAGAUGGAGCUGCUGUGUGUGACCGGUGUAGAGGAUCAGCUACAGGCCGACGUCAGACCUACGCUGGAGCUUCUGCGUAAUGCUGGCAUCAAGAUCUGGAUGUUGACCGGAGACAAGCUAGAGACCGCUACAUGCAUAGCCAAGAGUUCUCAUCUGGUGUCCAGAAAUCAAGAUAUACACGUCUUCAGGCCGGUGUCUAACCGAGGCGAGGCCCACCUGGAGCUGAACGCUUUCAGGAGGAAACACGACUGUGCUCUUGUGAUCUCAGGAGACUCUCUGGAGGUUUGUCUGCGUUACUAUGAGCACGAGUUUGUGGAGCUGGCGUGUCAGUGCCCGGCUGUGGUGUGUUGCCGCUGUUCUCCCACACAAAAGGCCCAGAUUGUUAGACUGCUGCAGCAACACACAGCCAACAGAACCUGCGCUAUUGGUGAUGGAGGAAACGAUGUCAGUAUGAUCCAAGCCGCAGACUGUGGCAUCGGCAUUGAAGGAAAGGAGGGGAAGCAGGCAUCUCUGGCUGCAGAUUUCUCCAUAACACAGUUUAAACACAUUGGAAGGCUGCUGGUGGUGCACGGACGGAACAGCUACAAGCGCUCCGCUGCCCUCGGCCAGUUCGUCAUGCACCGCGGCAUGAUCAUCUCAACCAUGCAGGCCGUGUUUUCCUCUAUUUUCUACUUUGCGUCUGUUCCUCUGUACCAGGGCUUUCUCAUGGUCGGCUAUGCUACAAUCUACACGAUGUUCCCCGUGUUCUCUCUGGUGCUGGAUCAGGAUGUAAAGCCAGAGAUGGCAAUGCUUUACCCUGAGCUUUAUAAAGACCUUACCAAGGGACGCUCCUUGUCAUUUAAAACCUUUCUUAUCUGGGUCUUGAUAAGUGUGUAUCAAGGGGGCAUCCUGAUGUAUGGCGCGCUAGUGCUUUUCGAUCAGGAGUUUGUGCAUGUCGUGGCCAUCUCAUUCACGGCUCUGAUUCUUACCGAGCUUCUGAUGGUUGCACUGACUGUACGGACCUGGCACUGGCUCAUGGUCGUGGCAGAGUUCUUCAGCCUCGGGUGCUACCUCGCCUCGCUCGCCUUUCUGAAUGAGUACUUUGAUCUGUCAUUCAUCACGACGGAGACAUUCUUAUGGAAAGUGUGUGUGAUCACACUGGUCAGCUGCCUGCCUCUGUACAUCAUCAAGUACCUGAAGCGCAAGUUUUCGCCACCCAGUUACUCGAAGCUGUCCUCCUGAGCUGAGCAACUCUUCCACAGGCACAGCAUCAAAGCACACACACGUACAUAGCAGCUUUAUAGACACUAUAGCAGGCAUAGUGACUGUAGCUGUCAGGUUUGGAGACCUCUUAGAGCUUUAUGAAGCUGGUAUGUCUGGUUAUGUGUCUAAUUAAUGAGGUAUGCCUCUUGCUGUAGAGAAUUACUCUGUCCAGCUUCUCAUUUUUCGCUGCGUUAUCAAUGGACAGCGUGUGCACUCGGCACAACAGGAGACGUGCUGGGAAUACUUGGGAAAAAAAAAAAAGCAAAGCACAAAAAGAGACCAAGAACGAACUCCUCUGAUAGAAUUGGUAAGAUUAUUUGUAGAAGAAAAGAUGGACCUUUGUUAGGCGCUUCCUUUAUUUGAGUGCACUUCAAUCUAACCUGUGAUUGUUUACUUUCUGGGGCUGUUCUGAGAUUUUAUAUAUAUAUAUAUAUAUAUAUAUAUAUAUAUAUAUAUAUAUAUAUAUAUAUAUAUAUAUACAGUGUUUUAUAGAUGUGUACAGCAGGCUGGAUUGUACGAAUGAACUAAGGGGUUGUUUAUGAAUGGGGAAAACAGCAAUGAUGUUACUAUCUGUGAGAAUUUUCUCUAUCUUUGAUUGUCUUUUUUUGAGAUUUCUAUCCAUGCUGAUUUCAUGAAGUUGUCUUAUUUAUUAUAGAUACAUUGGACCAUUUUAGGUGUUAGGGUUUUUCCUCCCUGUGUGUUGCACAAAUGACUAUCGGCAUCUUUGAAUGGAUAAAUUUCCUUUCCACUCAUCUGUAAUUGGGACACAAUGGAGAAAACAUUAAGAUGUGCUGUUUUUAUACAUCUGUAAACAAGAGCAUCCGGAAGGUUUAGGUAAAUGCAAGACUAUCACCAUUUGUGAACUUCAUUCAGUUGACACACUGACACUUGAGUAAUGAGUAUUUAUUUUAAUCCUCAGCCUCACCAGUGCAACUCUUAACACAGAACGGUUAUCAGUAACCUUAGUGAUGAGUGUUGUAUUUGGUUUUGUUUAUGGUGAUGCGCACCUUCAUCACCAGCCAUUCCGUCACAUCGUAUAUGUGUCGGCCUGGGAAAAGCCUUCACAUGCUCACAUUUGGUGUGUAGUUAUCCCAAAAAGUGAAAAGAGAGAAACUGCAUUUUGUUUAAAUUCUACUAAAAUAUACUCCAUGCUUGAAAGACCUCUACAUUUAUUUCUAGUUGCCAAAUGUAAAAGAAUUACGCGUUUACAUUGAAAAAGACACGUUCAUUAAUCAGUUUCGUCACAUGUGAACAAAAUCAUGCAAAACAUCUUUAUUUAAACAUCUUAAUCAUCUUUUCACUGCAUUGACCAAUCUUUAUACUAUGAUGAAAUGUCGCUGAUUCAUUAAUGUAGUUUAUAUGAGCUCUAAGUGCUUUUAUCUCUGUUGAUGAUUCAAUGUGAACACUACAGAGAUAUUUUGACAACCGGUAACUGAUUACAUAUUAAAUUAGGCAGGAGUGGGUUGAUGUUGAUAUCGCUAUGACACAUAGCCAUGCAACUAUGUGAUCUAAUCAUAAAAUAAAGCACAUUAGCAAGGUUUGAGCAUCUUUAGGCAGACUGACAGUAUUUGUUAAACUGACUCCUUUGUCAAAACCCAGUUCUUUAUCUUUCAGCCACAGAAACAUCCGAGUGGUUUUCCCAAUCCGUCACUCAUGCAGUCAUCAUCGGGGUAAACAGGUGUCCGUUUCAUUGGCAGCACAAUCACAAUAAACACGAUUAAACCUGUGAGUGCUCGUCUAACAAACACUGGACUCAACGUUUCUCUAUUAAACUGUACUGAUUGAAUAUUGAAACGAAGACGAUGCCCUGUUUUCAAACCAGCGUAUUUCAAGGAAUGAGUUUUAUCAUUCUUUUUUCUGUUACAAAAGAGAGACAAAGUAUUGUAAUUGCAUUGUACAUCCUAAAUGGAAAAAAAAAUCUUUAUUUUCUAUGCAGUCUUCUUUGGUUUAGUGAUGGAUUUGGUAUGUAUUUGAGCUAUGCUGUGUUCUGAUUGAUCAUUGAAACUCUCUGUCUUCAUGUGAGGAAUGAAGUAUUGCUGCUUUAAUUUUUUCCACAAUGUGUAUAGAAGUAUUUGGCUUUUUUCAGACUCUUUUUUUUUUUUUUUUAUACUGAUUGUUUGAGGAGUAAAUUAACCAGCGAAAGUGUUACUGUACUGCUACUACUACUAAUAAUAUUAAUCAUCAUCAUCAUCAUCAGCACCUUUGCUUUUGAUAAGCUCAAACUUGUCUUCAGUGUCAAAACCACUUUUUUAAAAGGAAAAUCAGAUUGUAAUUGUUUGUGUUAUUGAAAUGAUUUAUAAUUGAAUAAUCAACAUUAAAGAGCACCAAGUUUGAUUAAUUAAA